AUGGAAGCUCAAACUCCCUGGACGGUCGAUGGAUUCGUAGGUACACCCGAAAUAAUCGAUAACGAAGGUAACGACUACUUUCAAUUUAAUCCUUCUACUCCAAAAUACUCUUUAACCUCUCAUGACCCCGGUCAAUUCCCACAACAUUCUUGUACCCAUCCUGGACCUCCUAUGAGCUUCCCCAAUCAAGAGUACAAUCAUCAAUCUAAUUUCACCUUACAUCACCCUCAACCUCAAGCUACCUUUGAUGGGUUCCAGUCCACCAGUUUCCAGCCUGGAAAUGCCAACGAAUUGCGGAAUGCAGAAUCUCAUUCUUCUCUUCGAUCUAUCUCUGGAUCAACUUCGCAUCGAUCCAAUUCAAGUGUAUCAUCGCAUUAUGCAUGGUCGACUACGACUCACGACGAUAUAUCUUCGUCCGAUGUCGAUGCGGACGACUCGACAUCUUUAGCCACCUCGAUAUCUCCAAGCUUGAUCGGUGGCCAGGUAGUGGAAGAGAAUAAGAGACAACAUGGCAGAAUACCGAGCUUGUCUAUAGAUCCUAAAUUAUUUAGACCCACUGCUACCGCCUCGUCUAAAAAAGAUAGUGGUGAUGGAGAAGAGGAAAUGGAGAUGCUAGAGACGGCUAGACCGACUUCGAAAUCGAAUUUAAAUUUAGAUACGAAAAUUGAGUUGUUGGGUGCAUCUCCUUUACAAGCUGCUGGCUCGAAGAAGGGUAAGGGUAAGAAGGAAAGAGCCAAGAAAUCCAGUUCUACUUCGGGAGGUGGUCCGAUCGGUGGAGGAGGGGGAGAAGGAAAGAAAGUUAGUCAUGCUAGGAAGCAAACAGCAGAUCAUAUCCCCCGACCACGAAAUGCAUUUAUCCUAUUCCGAAAACACGUUGUGGACUCUAAGUUGAUUCCUGCAAGCGUCGAGAUGAGACAUCAGAAUGUUAGUAUAAUCACUGCUAAGAUGUGGUCAAAGGCACCACCAGAUCAGAAAGCGCAUUUUAACGAAUUAGCAAGGAUCGAAAAAGAGGAACAUAUGAAAAAAUACCCUGGUUAUAGGUAUCAACCAGUCUACAGACGGACCAACGUAAUCCGUCGUCGAGUGAGAAAAGACGAGGCUGAAGAACAGAAAUGCAAAUCGGUUGCAGAGUUGCUGAUCAAAGGUAAAAGUGGGGAAGAUCUGGAAAAUGAAAUUAAAGAAAAGAUAAGGAACGGGAAUGGUACUACCAACGGAAGUAAUGAUAAUGCUUCUUCUGAAUCUGUUAAGAAGGACAAGUCAAAUUCAAAUUCUCGACGAUCCUCAUCAGCAUGUGAACUUUCCAAAGGGGCUUUGAGAGCCUUACGAGCUCAAGCGAGACAACAGUCAUCGUCGCACGAAUCGGGAGAUUGGUCAGAUAUAUCUUCUGUUCGAGGAACCGGAAGUGGAAGUAACCGUGGACAAUCAAGAUCUAAUUCAAGAUCAUUAUCAAGAACGCAAAGUUACGCUUUUGAGUUCGAGGACAAUUGCGAUUCCGACGAUCAACUUGAACAUGAUAUCACCCAGAAUCAAAAUCAAGGUCAGGAUCAGAUGUUGGGAUAUGGUUUAGCUCCUUCACAAAUACAAGGUUUCGCUCAACAGCAUCAACAGCUUGGUCAGGAAGACAGUGAAUCAGGAUCGGGAUCAUGGGGUGAUAUCAGUUAUAUGAAUGGAUUUGAAUUUGGUCAACCACAACCACAACCACAGGGUUAUGGUAGUUUCCCUCAAUCAGCUUUCACUGCCGAUCAAAGCUCUACGAGUAUGGAAUUCCAUCCUCAACCUCAAACUAGUUUCUCCGAUCCUUCGUCCUCAGCUUCGCAAAACUUCCUAUACCCCCAACCUCAACAUGGUAAUAUACCACUUCAAAUUCAACUUCCUCAAAAUAUCAAUCACUCCAACGAUAACAUCAAUAGCAACAACAAUAAUGAAUUUUACGCUUAUGAUACCGCAUUACCCUUUUCACCUUCUGCUGCGAUAUCCAGUUUCUCUUUCCCUUAUCCCCAUUCUCAAGAUUUCAAUCGUAACAAUGACGAUAACGAUUAUUUCAAUAUGAACAUGAAUAUGGAUAUCAAUGGUGAUCAUAAGAAUGACAGCUCAGAGGGGAAAUACGAAUUUACCUUACCCUCUAAUCCUAACUCAACUUCCAUAGAAUCUCAUAACCCGCCGCCGACAUACUUGUUCAAUGGAGAUAUCGACAAGCUUCAAACCUCUCAAAAUCAAAUUCACCAAAAUCAAAAUCAGAUUGAUUGCAACCAUCACGACCAUUCUUUAUCACUCUUACCUCCCUCUAGCGGGGUACCGUUGGAGAAUCUACCGUUUGACGAUCAUUUGAUAUCGGGAGAUUUCGAAGCUGCCCUGGCGCAUGCGGAAGAAUCCCAUGUUCAGGGUGUAUGGUGA